AUGGCGGCAGCAAAGCUCUGCUGUACUGCUCCUUCGCGGCCCGAGUCGCCCGACAACAUGCCCUCACGACCAGUCACGCAGUUCAAGUCCUUGGCCAACAUCAAGAUCCACUUUGCUCAUAACAAGCAUACACCAGUCGUCACCGAUGACCGCUCCAAGAGAACCCGUACACGCUAUCCAGCAGAUGAUCUCGAGCUUCGCCGCAUAUUUGUCACUGCCUCCUUGCCCGAGGACCAUCCUCACGCUCUCAGGCUGCAGCAUCGAAAGCCAGAUGUUGACGAAACUAUCAUUCGUUCACCCAAUUUCACAAACAAACUGCGUAGACAGCUGAGUCGCAAGAGCGUUGUGACAGACCUGGUCGACAAAGACGUGAUGGGCAAGUCAAAGAUUAAGGCAUUCGCCUACUCAAGAAAAAGAAGGGAGGACAACCCGGCAGGCUUCUCAGAUGGCUAUGAUGAUGACGCUCAAUCCUUAUGCUUGAGCGAGUCACGCCUUGCUUCUCUCGAGAACGACGAGAGUUCAUCGCAAUUCACCCGGCCAUCUGGACCAACUGGUCUCGGUAUCAUAGCGCCAGGUGAGCCUCGGCGAUCAACCAGCGUACCUCCUGCGUCCUAUCUGCCAGACUCUAUCCACUGUCCAAGACGCUCGCAGUCAUCCUCCAAUACGCACAAGGACUUCAAGAGUGCUCUGACCGUCCAUAUACCUGGUCCUACAUUCAUGGACCCGAACCUUAUUUGGCCACCGUCGCCUGCAACAACGAAGACGAACCCGACAGGAUCCUUCCAGGCACCCGCUUCUGAUGGUCCGCAGGCCUCAGGGCUUCGGAUUUUGUCAUCUAUACCGAGCCGCCCACAAGUAGUGAUUUCUAAGCUCAGGAGCCCAGAUCGGCACAAAGCGCUGCAAAGGAACUCAACAACCUCGUUGCACCUAUAUGACAUGCAGAUUUCGCAGCAUUUGCGUACACGAUCAAAAACUUCAGACGCUUCAAGUGGAAGCGAAGCAGAGAAUCAGAAGCGCAAUACACAUGCAAGUCUGAACAGCAUCAUGCUCUCUUCUGUGGACCCUGAACGUUGCAAGAGUAUAUCCAGCUUCGAUUUCGUGGGCUCUGCUGGGCGUUCCACAUGGGAACAGGUUCUAGAGGACGAGUCCUCAUCUGUUUAUAGCCGUAGACCAAGCACGUCUAUGGAAUCGCCUCUUGUGUCACCAAAGGGGGGGCGUUCACUAGACCUUCCCAACGAGACAACUCAUGGAAACCCAGCGACUCGCAACAUUCUUCCCGUCUUCAGUUCAAGCAAUACAGACGCUUCUCUCCCCAUCGAAAGGGUCAUGUCAGUGUCUACUGGCAUCAGCAUAGUGGCGAGUGGUCCGACAUCUUGCUCUGAUCUCCGGUUGUCACCGUCCGUGAAUGGCUCAGCAUGCAUCAACGAUUGGCCUGCUUAUAGCACAACCUGCUCUCUACCCAGAAGCGAUAGCUCUGGGAGUGUUGGAAAGCUCAGCAAGUUCAAGGAAGAUCUCAAUGAUCCCUCCCCUCACCCGAAUUCUGCAAAGAAGCGACGUUCAGUCUUGCGCAUACUUUUGCCAAAACUUACACGUUCAAAACUCCGAAGUACCAGUUCGCCCCUGCUUAAUGUAAGAGGUCAAUCUUCUGUCGCUGAGACUUACGAUGGUACUGGAGACGCCCAGGACUUACUGUCUGUACCGCAGUCUGCCUCGAAGCCACAAGGUAGUCAGCGUACUCCUAGUUUCAGCGGUGGGACAAGUCUGAGGCCUGCGAGCGCGUUUUCGACCGCUUCCCUAGCUGUCGAUUCAUCCUUACAAUCACGACAAUCGUUGGUGAACUACGAAAGAAGUCUCUCAGUCGUGGGUGAUAAUCGGCGCCGCAAAUCAAUAUUGAACCCGGCAAAGAGUCACGGAGAUGAGGUUUGGGAUGAUGAGGACAACCCAGGUGACCUAAAUCGUGCCGGCCCUUUGAUUAAUUUAGGGAGGAGAGGGACACAAGAAGCACUGAUGGAGAACGCUCUACAGAAACACCAGCUAGAAAAAGCCGCUCUACUGCGCCCUGGAAACCAGAAACUAGAGACGGGACCAUCUCCACUUCGUGCACCCGUUUUCACAAGUUCAUUCGGGUUCUCGUCCACCAACGAAGCGAGAUCUGCAUCGGCGGCAAUUGACGACCUGGAUCCACUCGAAGCUGAGGGACCUUCAACCGUCCUUAGGAGUCAAAGCAUGCAGAACAUUCGAUCUGCACCUGGUGAUACUGUCGGAAACUCUCUGUUUCGCAGAAAAAAGCGCAGUACAAUAUGGACCAUGAACACGACUACUACUGCAGGAACAAGGACGCACCUCAACGCAACAGCACCACCACAUUCUUGGAGCCGAUAUCCCUCUCACACACGAGACAGACGAUGCAGUGCAGCUGGACGACGUGACGGAGUGGUCUGUCGAGACUUCGCUUACGACGAGGAUCUUAACAAUACAUAUCAAACAGUAUCCUCGAGAGCGGCCACAAGCUCGUCCGCUGGGGAGCCACGCUUGGAAACUGCCAGAAGAAGGCACUGGAUUGUGAAGUCGCGGUCAAUGACAUUCGGAACGAUCCUUCGUUACUACUCCAAUCUUCUUACUUCGUCAGCAGCGCGAAACCGCCGGUCGUCUACAGCAACAGGGGGUAGACUGGAGCAUCCAGAGCUUGAGAUCUUACCGCCGAUGCUUCCUCUCCACUAUACCGCAUCACAAUAUCUCGGAGCAGAUAGGGAUCACACCGAGGAGCUAAGUCAUCAUCUCGAAGAGGAUAGGCUUGACAUAUUCAAUGAUCAAAGUCAGAAGCCCGCACCAUGCGUGGAAGAGCUGCCAUCUGGACUUGUACAAGUUGACCGCUUUCAAGACAGAUCGCAGUCCACGCCAGGUCAAAGGGAGGAACCAGAAGAGCUUUUGAGGGACAAGGGUACAUCACCUAGUGCUGUAGAUGGAGUCACUGAAAGCAGCUUCGCAGAACCCGACAGAGCGCUGAGUGCAAGAAGACUAUCUCGCAUGUAUCAAGCCUAUGUACAGCUACCAGCAUCUCUGGAUGACACCGAGGUCGAGAAAAGCGGUCUCACAAAUGACUCGUUACAUACACCGAAAGACUGUUUGGCGGCUGGAACAUCCAAACCCGACGUUGAGAUGUCCGAAGGCCGGUUUUUGGCAAUUCCAUCGACCGAACAUCGCCAGUCUUCUGGUCCAAUCACUAGGCAUUUCCCCUCGGUCACUGUGAUCGAUGACCGCAAGGGGCAUUGGCGCAGUGUCAGUUUGCUGUCUGCGGAAUCCGGAAAAAGUGUUCGUAAGAGCACGAGGGAUCUCCUGGAGACUGUAAGGGCAAAUCAAACACAUGAGCUCGAGAAGUUGCUAGGUACGUCGGAUGGGUCGAUUGUGGAUGAGAGCAACGAUUGA